AAUACAGCUUCGUUGCCCCGGGAAAAGCAUGUCAAACUAGCCAUUCACCUACCAACGCUCCUGAUCUUCACAAAAUGGCUUCGGCUUUCCUAGACCCCAUCCCCAUCAGCUCGAAAGAAUACGCCUUCACAGACUCUGGGAACGUCAUCUCCCGAUCGGCCAAAAUCUACGGAGCUUCCAACAUCGUCAUCAACGGCCGGAGCGUCAUCGAAAAGGGGUGUGUUAUUCGUGGAGAUCUUCAACGGGUCGUAGCUACCCCGGGUGUGGGUGGGAGUGCAGGGACGAUGAGUAUGCAGCUCGCUAGUAACACCACGUCGGUGAAUGCUGGGAGGUACCUUAGCGUCGGGCAGGGUACGGUCCUGAGACCACCGGGGAAGCUGUACAAAGGGACGUUCAACUACUUUCAGAUGAAGAUGGGCGACUUCGUCACGAUAGGCCAGAACUGUAUCGUCGAAGCGGUCUCCAUCGGCAACGGGUCCGAGAUCGAGGACGACUGUAUCAUCGGCGAAUUCGUCACCAUCAAGGAUUUCGUGAUCAUCGAACAAGGCACAGUCUUGUCCCCAAACACCGUUUGCCCGAACCUAACUCGCUGGGCGGGUAAUCCUGGCCGUCUCGUCGACUCGUUACCGGAGAGCACGCCCGAGACGGUAGAAGCCAGAGUCAGGGCCAACUACAAGCGGUACAAGGUCGUCAAACCUGAAUCCAAGCCUCCGUCGGCAGCGGCGGCGACGCCCAGAUACCCGACGAGUCUUUCGAAGAACGCCUAGACACCAAGCCAAGGGUGUAUCGAAUUGCCUUGUCAGCAAUGCUACAUUACCGGAAUGCAUGACGACCCGCCAACCAGGUUGGCGAGACCUACACAACUCUCUUCCAUCAUACGGGAAAGAAGACACGAUUCUGCCCCGUAUAGUCUUUCAAACUCAUCGCGCAGCCUUGGGCGAUUAUUGAACUCAAACGGGAUCGAACCCGCAUAUGAUCAAGUUACAGCAGUCAGUCAACUGCUGUAUGAUGACCGUGCAUUUUAUAUUGAUGCCAUUUGAUGGCCUUGUAACGACGAUAAUGCCAAGAAGAUCGAUUUCUA